AUGUUUAAAUUUUUAUCGCAAAGAUUUUUUUCUUCUGUGUACGCUAAUUUGAAGAGGAUACGGCCUGAAUAUGUAGAUUUCGAAACUAAGUUUCCAAAAGUCAAAAUUGAAAGACCGUUAUUGCCAGUACCGUAUACACAGGAGAAAAACUUGAGAUUUUUGAAAAACCUAGAAACGCCUCAAACGCUUUCAAACUGCAGAGUUGUUGAGCAAUUAUCUGUAAGAAGAGUUAAAUUUGCCGGUAGAAAUAACACAGGAAGAAUUACAACUAGACAUAGAGGAGGUGGACAUGUACAAAGAAUAAGACUGAUUGAUUUUAAAAGACAGAGAAAGGAUAUAUUUUCAACGGUUUUGAGGAUUGAAUAUGAUCCAACAAGAAGCGCACAUGUUGCACUCAUCCAAUACGAUGAUGGCGUAUUGAGUUAUAUUUUAUGCCCAGCUGGAGUUUUACCUGGAACAAGACUCCUUUCUAGUUCAAACGCGCCUCUUUUGCCAGGAAACUCGCUCCCUCUUAGGCACAUUCCUGUUAAUUCUAUAGUCCACAAUGUGGAAAUGAGACCAGGAGCAGGUGGACAAAUCGCUCGAUCAGGAGGCGUUUACUGCACCGUUACAGAGAAAGAUGAAACAUUUGCAACUUUGAGGCUUUCCUCCACUGAAUUGAGGAAGUUUCCACUCGAUUGCUGGGCUACAAUAGGCCAAAUAUCAAACAUUAAGCAUAAUGAAAGAAUACUUAAAAAGGCAGGAACCAGAAGAAACAUGGGAUGGAGACCUGUGGUAAGAGGAAUCGCAAUGAACCCAAAUAGUCAUCCACACGGAGGCGGAAAUGAUAAAAGCGGAACAAAGAGACCGAAAUGCUCAAUUUGGGGAAUCUGUAAAGAUGGAUACAAAACCAGAAGCAAGCAUAAACCACUGGGAUUCAUAAUAAGAAGGAAGCUUUGCGGUCGAUUAAUGAAGAAAUAUGGAAUAACUAAACGCCCUUAA